UGAAUCUGAUAUGGCUGCUGCAGCUGAGGGCAGGAACUAGACCUGCGCUGGAGAUCCAUGCUGCUUGCAAGUCAGAUGCACAGGGAUGAGAUGGGUUUUCUACUAUGAAUAAUACAGAACGUUGUCUGCUCUUCUAGUCAAGAAAGGCUACCGGAACCGUUGUAUUGAUUAUCCUGCUGUAACCCUGGUGCUCAGGCGCUAGUUGGUUUUUUAACAACGAAACAUGGCAAAACCCUACGAAUUUAACUGGCAGAAGGUUGUUCCUUCAUUCAUGCAAGAUGGGGCUGUGUUCGACAGAUAUGAAGAAGAGUCAUUUGUGUUUGAACCUAACUGCCUCUUUAAAAUGGAUGAAUUUGGUUUCUUCCUGACAUGGAAAAGUGAGGGAAAGGAGGGACAAGUUUUGGAAUGUUCUCUGAUCAAUAGUAUUCGUGUUGGCGCAGUACCAAAGGAUCCAAAAAUAUUAUCUGCACUUGAAGCUGUUGGAAAAGCUGAACAUGAGCUGGAAGGGCGUAUAGUGUGUGUCUGCAGCGGGACCGACCUGGUGAACAUCAGCUUUACUUACAUGGUAGCUGACAGUGUGGAAACAGCUAAGCAAUGGGUAGAAGGGCUAAGAUCUAUCACGCAUAACUUUAGAGCCAACAACGUCAGUCCAAUGACAUGUCUCAAAAAACACUGGAUGAAACUGACAUUUCUUACAAAUGUAAAUGGAAAGAUCCCAGUUAGAAGUAUUACAAGAACUUUUGCAUCAGGGAAAACAGAAAAAGUGAUCUUUCAAGCGCUUAAGGAGUUAUGUCUUCCCAGUGGAAAGAAUGAUGAGAUUGAGCCACCUGCUUUCACAUUUGAGAAGUUUUAUGAGCUCACACAAAAGAUAUGCCCACGUACUGAUAUAGAAGAGCUCUUUCAGAAGAUCAAUGGAGAAAAAUCUGAUUAUUUAACGGUAGACCAAUUAGUGAGCUUUCUAAAUGAACAUCAACGAGAUCCUCGGCUGAAUGAAAUCUUGUUCCCCUUCUUUGAGGCAAAAAGGUCCAUGCAGAUAAUUGAAAUGUAUGAGCCUGAUAAAGAACUUAAGAAAGAAGGCCAAAUAUCAAGUGAUGGAUUUUGCAGAUAUCUGAUGUCAGAUGAAAAUGCCCCAGUAUUCUUAGAUCGCUUGGAAUUGUACCUAGAGAUGGAUCAACCUUUAGCGCACUACUUUAUCAGUUCCUCGCACAAUACCUACCUAACUGGGAGGCAGUUUGGUGGGAAAUCUUCUGUAGAGAUGUACAGACAAGUACUUCUGGCUGGAUGCAGGUGUGUUGAGCUAGAUUGCUGGGACGGUAAAGGCGAAGAUCAAGAACCUAUAAUAACUCACGGGAAAGCAAUGUGUACAGAUAUCCUAUUUAAAGAUGUAAUUCAAGCCAUCAAAGAGACUGCAUUUGUCACAUCAGAAUAUCCUGUAAUUCUUUCCUUUGAGAACCACUGCAGCAAAUAUCAACAGUACAAAAUGUCCAAAUAUUGUGAAGAAAUAUUUGGAGAUCUCCUGCUAAAGCAGCCCCUUGAACCAUAUCCGCUUGAACCAGGUCGAGCAUUACCCUCUCCGAAUGAACUCAAGAGAAAAAUUCUAAUUAAAAAUAAGCGGUUGAAACCAGAAGUGGAAAUAAAACAGCUUGAGGCGUUAAAAAGUAUGAUGGAAUCCGGUGAAACAGUAGCUCCCGUUAGUAUUCUGGAAGAUGACAUUGAAGAGGAAAUAGAAAACGCUGAUCAAGAAGAGGAAGCACAUCCAGAGUUCAAGUUUGGAAGCGAGCUUUCAGCAGAUGACCUCAGUCAAAAGGAAAUUGCCAUAAAUAAUGCAAAAAAGGCUAUUGAAGACGCUGAACAAGAAAAUAACAAUAAAAAGGGUGCAAUAACGGUUGAAGAUGAACAAGCUUGGAUGGCAUCCUAUAAAUAUGUAGGCGCUACAACUAAUAUUCAUCCAUUUCUGUCAACAAUGAUCAACUAUGCUCAACCUGUAAAGUUUCAAGGCUUCAAAGUGGCAGAAGAACGUAACAUUCAUUACAAUAUGUCCUCAUUUAACGAGUCAGUUGGCCUGGGAUAUUUGAAGACCCAUGCAAUCGAAUUUGUAAAUUACAACAAACGUCAGAUGAGUCGGAUCUACCCCAAGGGGGGAAGAGUGGAUUCCAGUAAUUACAUGCCUCAGAUUUUCUGGAACGCUGGAUGCCAGAUGGUGUCUCUGAACUAUCAGACCCCAGAUUUAGCAAUGCAGCUGAAUCAGGGAAAAUUUGAAUACAAUGGAUCUUGUGGGUAUCUACUAAAACCAGAUUUCAUGAGAAGACCUGAUAGGACAUUUGAUCCCUUCUCUGAAACACCAGUGGACGGUGUAAUUGCUGCCACAUGCUCAGUUCAGGUGAUAUCUGGGCAGUUUUUGUCAGACAAAAAAAUUGGAACUUAUGUAGAAGUCGAUAUGUAUGGGUUACCCACAGACACUAUAAGAAAAGAAUUUCGUACUCGUAUGGUGAUGAACAAUGGCCUCAAUCCAGUUUACAACGAAGAGCCAUUUGUAUUCCGAAAGGUUAUCUUACCUGAUCUUGCUGUAUUAAGGAUAGCAGUGUAUGACGACAACAAUAAAUUAAUUGGACAAAGGAUUUUACCACUGGAUGGUCUCCAGGCUGGAUACCGACAUAUUUCACUCAGGAAUGAAGGGAACAAACCACUCUCCUUGCCCACAAUCUUCUGUAACAUUGUCCUAAAGACAUAUGUUCCUGAUGGCUUUGGGGAUAUUGUUGAUGCUUUGUCUGAUCCAAAGAAAUUUCUGUCUAUUACUGAAAAAAGAGCAGACCAAAUGAGGGCAAUGGGAAUUGAAACAAGUGAUAUAGCAGAUGUGCCAAAUGACACUACAAAGAAUGACAAGAAAGGGAAGGCCAAUAAUGCCAAAACAAAUGUGACUCCACAAAGCAGCUCUGAACUGCGGCCCACUACAGCAACUACUCCUGGUACAGGGAUGGAAACUAAAAAAGCGGUUGAUUAUCCUCAAGUUGAGGUUGAAGAGUUGAAACAGAUGAAGGCGUACCUCAAGCAGUUAAAGAAGCAACAGAAAGAGUUAAAUGCUCUAAAGAAGAAGCAUGCAAAAGAACACAGCGCUAUGCAGAAGUUACACUGCACACAAGUUGACAAAAUAGUGGCACAGUUUGAUAAAGAAAAGUUGUCUUAUGAGAAGACCUUAGAGAAAUCAAUCAAGAAGAAAGGAGGAAGUAACUGUCUUGAAUUGAAGAAAGAAACAGAAAAUAAAAUUCAGGUAUUAACUUCAGAUCAUAAAUCCAAGGUGAAAGAUGUUGUAGCCCAGCAAACAAAAGAGUGGUCCGAGAUGAUCAACACACACAACGCGGAAGAGCAAGAACUACGUGAUCUCCACUUAAGCCAACAGUGUGAGCUCCUCAAAAAACUGCUAAUCACUGUACAAGAACAACAGACUCAACAGCUAAAACUGUCUCAUGAAAGGGAAAGCAAAGAAAUGCGGGCAAACCAGGCAAAAAUAUCCAUGGAAAACGGCAAAGCCAUAAGCCAGGAUAAAUCUAUAAAAAAUAAAGCAGAAAGAGAAAGGCGAGUGCGGGAGCUGAAUAGCAGCAAUACAAAGAAGUUCCUUGAAGAGCGUAAACGGUUGGCAAUGAAACAAUCAAAAGAGAUGGAUCUGUUGAAGAAAGCCCAACAAGAACACCUGGCAAUUCUAGAGAAACAGAAUGAACAGCUUUUGAAAUCCUGUCAUGCAGUGUCUCACUCACAAGGCAAAGGAGAUGCAGCAGAUGGUCAGGCUGGAAGCAGAGAUGGACCGCAGGCCAGCAACAGUUGUGUAAAGCUCCAACAUGCAAAUUAAAGAACACUGUAAAAUACAGACCACUAACACUGAAGAAUGAAGUGUGCUCUUAUGUUGUACCCAUUUGCAGGACAUAUAAAGAGGUGACUUAAAUUUUAAGACUGGCAUAUUUCCUUUUAACAUGUUGAGCACUGACAUUUUUUAUUUUAACUAAGUAGUUUAAUAAGAAUAAACCACCCGUUUAUAUUUUUAUACUCACAACUUUUCUGAAGCGUGUUACCUUUUCACUUUUUAGUUAUUUUAAAUUUAAUACAAAACAGAUUGUGAACUGUUUGGUUUACGUUAACAAAUUAUAAAAAAUGAACUUUAACAAUGGUUAUGAGGCCAGCUCAGACAUUUAAAAUGAUUGAUCAUUGCUCAGAUACAUUAUAAAGAUACCAGGGUGCUAAGGUUGAAUGGGAAAAGUAAACUAACCAGUGUUCUUACAUGCAUUAGAAUGGGCCAGGUAUCUCACAGGACAAUACCUCUUUUAUGGAUUCUUAACCAUUUUAGCACUUGUAUAGUUUUUGAGAACAAACUUUUUAAAUGCUGCACUCAGUGUGCAUACUCGUUAGUGUCAAGUCUUCAAUGUUAAACAUUCACAUUUACAUGAGAGUAUCAAUUAAAUAAAAUGUACCUGUGUUUACAGUUUCCAACAAGUACAAAAUGUUUCCGUGUUAAGAUUGUCCCAAAUAUCAUUUUCUUACAAUUUGCCUAGAAAUCAUUUGCGUCCCUUUCUUAGUGACAUAUUGGACUAAGGAAACAAAAGCAGGACAGAAUGACAAUGUAUGUUUGUUGAUCACUUUAGCAAAAAGCUUCUCAUAUCUAAAUUGCCGGUAACCAGGCAAUUUUCUUUUACCUGGCGUGGGCAGCAGGAGAACUCAGCAACUUUUCAAUGCACAUUUUUUUUUUCUUCUUUUUAUUAUGAUCUACUACAAUCAGUGUAGUUGUAUACUUAAUACAAAUAAAGAAAAUCUGUCUCUCAAUCAUGAAUAUUAGAGAAACAAAGAAAAGAAGAAAAAAAAGCAUCUCAUGUACUGUUUCGUUUUUAUUUAUCUGAAAGUAUUUCCGAGUAAGAAUAACAUACACAUUGUUCUCUAAUUUUUAAUUUGCAACCCAUCUGACACCAAAGAUGUUCUUCUCAUCUGGGUUGUGAUCAUGAACCUAUAGUUACUAACAGCUAGUUAAUAUUUAUAACCACUAAUAUAAGGUAUUAUUCAUUAGCUGCCCGUAAUAAUUUAAAAGGACGCUGUACUCAAAAAUUCUCAGUCAUCCAUAUGAUAGGGCAGAACUGCAAUUGAUAGGUUUGUUUGCCUGAAAAAAUAUGAAGUAAAAACUGUUUACUAAUAAAUCAGUAUCAGUAGUUUACUUUCUACUUAUGCUCAUUGACUUAAUGGCACUUCAUACUAAUGCUUAGCAUUUACAGGAAGUACUUAUCGGCCAAAGAUCAUUAACAGGAAGUAGCUAUAAGACAAUGAGCAUUAGUAGACAAAAAAAAUGUUUCCGACGAAUCAUUUGUCACCAAAAAAAAAAAUGUUUUUUGUUUGGUUCGAUAUCCGUUAGUGGGGUCAUUUGGAAUUAAUUUGUUAACAACAAUCCAUUUGUCUGCUACUUCCUUAGGGAAACAUCUUCAGAGUAGCAGCAGAGCAGAUAGACAGCAGCUUAAACUUAAGGAUAGUUAAAGUAGUAGUUAUUGCUACUGCUAAAAGCCAGUGGCAUCACAAAAAUGUUUGCUUUUUUGUUUGUUUGUUUAUUUAUUUUUUAAAUAGAGUCAGGACUGGCCAAGAACAAAAGUGAACCUUACACUCUUAUUGGCUGACACCGCAAUCAGUCAACUGACAAGGACAUUUGUUAAAUUGUUAUUGGAUAACAAAUUUUGAAAGCCUUUCCCAUCUCUAUAAAAAGUAUUUUCCGUCUGCUGAACAGCCUUUCUAACCAGUCUUAAGCACACUAAUGAAUCAACUAGAUUUUUUUCUCUCAUGCAUUCGGUUUGUUCAGUUUUUGUUAAAGAGCCAUUAGUUUAUCGUUUUUAGAUGCAUGCAAAGAAAAUUUAAAAAAUUGUCUUUUUUUUCCCUCAUUUGUCCAAAACGGAAUGAACAUGUCUAGUGUACAGCUAAUACGGCUCUUUUAGUUUCAAUUUAAAAUUAAAAAAAGAUUUACUUCACAUUUUUUUAUGACAAAAAAAAGAAAACUUUUUUGAUGCUACCCUUUUAUAUUUAUGACUGAAAAUAUUUUAAUACAGUGUUUUAAAUUUAUUUAAAUUUCAUUAGUAAGAAAAGCAUUUCAUGAAUAAUAUGAUUAUUAAUAUUGAACAUAUUACAGUUGUUUUGUUUUUUUAAUAAAUCACCCAUUUUAAAAAAUGCAAUGUUUAUAGACAGUUGAUAGAAUGGUUUUGAAAGCAAUAAUUUUAAACAGAUCUGUCUACUACUCAGUGCUCACAUGUUAAAUGGAUGAUGCAUGAGGCACUUUAAGAAAUGUUUACAUCAAAUAUUACUUGUACAGAAAUUGCAUAUUCAUUUUAAUGCUGCAGAUUCCAGAUGUUACAAUUUUAUUGUAUUUUAAAGAUUGUAAAAAAUGGGAAUGGCAAAAGUUUGUAACUGUGAAGAUGUAUAAAGUAUUUAUAUAUACUUGUACUCAAAUAUUGUAGAUUCCAUGUGAAUGCUGGGAAAAAAAUAAUUUUUUAAACAUUAACUUUAGAUGAUGUUCGCAUGUAAUACAACAGUUAUAAAUUGUAUGCGUAGCAGCUUUAUUUCAGUAAAUGAUGUUUUAUUGUAUGUCACAGACUAUUAUUUUAAUUCCAAUUUUUUUUUAACAUUGCAAUUAGGUGCCCAUUCUAGUUUAUGUGAUUUCAUAAAUGUUGUAGCAUAAUUUUAUUUUACAAAAAAAUGUAUGUAGAAUUUUUAAAAAGACCAAUGUUUGUUUGUUUUUUUGGUAAUUACUCAAGCAGCUUGUCAAGGUGUUGAUUUGCAUGGUCCUACAGCCUGCAAUAUUUAUAUUACGGACAAAUGCAUGUACUAGUAUUAUGCUAGUAACAUAUCAAUGUUAAUUAAAAUUAAUAGCGCAGAAAACCAUGUUUAUCACCUUUUUGGCAAACCGAAGACAAGUUGAGUUUUUCUACGUCUUUGUAUAUUUUUGGACCCCUUUACAUUUAGACAUAUUGAUGUCACAUUCGUGUUCCCUAUCCCAGUUGUGUAGAAGUUGAUCCUUUAAUUUAUGUGUGUUUGGGAAUUUCAUUAUAUAGAAUUAAACCAAAAAUACUUGAGAAAAAAAAUACACUAAUAUUUCCAAAAGUUACAUUUUUUUUAUCAUAUACCAUCAAGUGUUUUAAUAAUUGUUGACCUGGUGGUGUCCUUCAAGUAUUGCUCUAUUAAACUAAGGGAAUAUACUAUAUUAUAUUUACAAGUUCUUGUAAUAUUGAUGUUGCAUAUUUCUAUAGUUGAAAUGUUGUCCCUAAUUGGUUAAUUUAUAUUCUGCCAAAAGUGUAGAAAAUAUAAGCAGAUAAUAAUUUACCUUUUUGUGCCUAUAACCACUAGUUUAUAGUCCUGGUCUUCCACUUUCUCACAGUGGCCUUUAACGUACUAUGUGUCCUGCAUCAUCUUACCAUUCUACGGCAUGGAAAUAUCUACAUUUUUCAUAAUCUUAGAUCUUUGUCAGACAUUAUAAUUUUAUCUUAUUUAAAAAAAAAUCCAAAAAAAAAAUAUCUUUAUUCAUAUUUGUUGUCAUUUUUGUAUAGGAGUGGAUAACCUGUAUAUUUUGUUGUUUUGUUAUUUCUCAAUAUGAAUAUUAGGAAAAUACAUGAGACACACUAUUGUUGUACAA